AUGGCUGUCCAAACCCAAGGGGUGGUAGCCAUGGAGAAGAUGAACAUCGUCACUGGGCCCAUUGGCCUUCCCGAUCUUCCUGGUGAUGUUUUCACUCUCAUCAUUGAGCACCUCGAGGCAUGGGAUGUUGUUCGUUGCCAGAUGGUGUCUUCGGCAUGGUCCCAAGCGUUUUCAGCUCCCGAGCUCCUACGUAUACUUAUGAAGAAGUACCCACAUGCACAGGAAGCGCCCCAGCUCAUCUCAAGGACCAAGCUGGCUGCAUCAGACGAAGACAGUGAUUUGCUGUGGAGGACAACGUUUAACCAGAUUGCGUGUCGCUACUUUCACCUUACGCACGGCAGGCCUCGAACAAUUGAAAAGCACAAGACAGCUGCUCCCGAAUUGAGUCUACCGCAUUUAUUUCCUGUCAGCUGUUGGGAUUACCACGAGAGCCAACCAGGUCGACGUCUUCACCACCUGAAUGCUGUAGAACCUCGGGGGCGACAGGAGAUGGGCCCAGGAGAGCAGACUUACCUUUUCAGACAUGCUUUCUGGUCUUACGAAGACGGCCUAUUAGUUUUCAUACCUGCCAAACCCUUCGCUUUUGAUUACCAUCCUGCCGCUAUGCCUGCACGGAGCCCUCCAGAAACCGUUGCGAUUAUGAUGCUUGACCUGAAGUCUCAGUAUGGCGUUGAAAUACCAUUUGAUAUGAAAGAUAGAGUGGUGCGGAAUCUGCGACUAAAACAUCACGCGCUAAUCAUCGAAUGGGCAGAAAAGGAAUAUUAUCAUGCCCUGAAUGACUCGGAAAAUGUGCACCGACAUUUUGUGACCUGCUACGACAUCAAGCCGCAACUGACCUUCACUAGCGAUACAGCAUGCAGAUGGAGCAUCGCGUUCAGAAGUGAAUGGAAAUUACAUUUUCUAGGCUUACCCUUGAAUGCCCAAGACCGCUUUUACUCAACGCACACUAAGGAUCACUAUGCUGUCUACCUAUGGCAGCCGAACCGGAGCAUGUACACUGGAGAUGAAGAACAGCCUAUCGAGUGUCUCCUCGUUUGGGAUAUUGCGCAGCCACGCCAGUAUAUGCCAUCAUUGGAUCCCGGUAGAAAGGAUCAACCAGAGGAUGUCCGUAAUGGGCCUCACAUAGUGUGUCGAUACGACUACAGACUACUUCAACACUAUGGCAUCCGGCAACAAAGCUCACCGAGUCUGAUUAAGUUCUCAUUGAACAGUGAGCAACAAACCAUCGCUAUCUACGAGAAUGUACGCAUUUCCGGGCAAGGUUACUUCGACCCGGCUGAACGACUAUGGUGUGCCAGGACCACAACUAUCCUGUUCCGUGGCGAGGGGCCUCAUCUGCAGCGGGAAUGGGAGAUUAACCUACCUCCUUAUCGUGGUAAUUGCAGUAUGGAGACAUCUGAUGUUCUAGAGCCGGAACCAUGGUUUCUCGGCAUCAUGGAUGUCGUUGACGAGAAGGCUUACGUGAGAUUCUCGUUGGCGGAGAGCGCCUUCACUAGCAAAGAUGUGCAAAACUCGGCUUGCCUACGUAUUCAAGCACUAGGAAUUAUGGCUACGUUGGACGAAGCCACCACAAAGCAAAUUGCUCAUGCAGGACAAGAAUUUGCUUCCGAUCUACCACUCGCGAUGGCUUCUACCAGCUCAGCAUACGCCGUUUAUUUCAACGAGGGGCCCGGUUAUCUCUUCGUCGCCAAUCUCGGUAAAGGCCGAUCAGGCAAAGCUAUGCUCGUGCGCUCGACGUCUUACUCCAUGACUACACAAUUCUGUAAUGGAGGCUCGCUCCACGAUCUAAUUUUCUAUACGCUCUUCCGGGACAGUACACCAAUUGCUGAGAUUUUCAUCUGGAAGAUGUUCACACAGCUGCUGGAAGUUCUGGAAGGUCUGCACCUUGAGCGCUUGACAACGCAUCUUGAUCUCGUUCCACAGAACGUGUUUCUCCACUGGCCAGACGAGGAUCAAGCGGAGCAAGCGAAGCAAACGAAGCGCGAACACCACCUUCCCGACUUCUACCUUGGAGAUUUUGGGGCCGCCGAAAAAGCCAACGAUACUUUUAUUCAGCAAGACUUGCGUUUGCUCCAUUCACUUCUCAUUGCAGUCUGCCUCGGCAGCUCUCGAGAGCUGAGGCGGUGCAUGAGCUUACUUCCCGAACCGUACAGUUACCUUGGAGGGGACGAGAAAAUUUUGGGUAGUACACCCCCGACCAAUGCUGUGCGGGCGUCCGUGAUGCCUAUCGCUCGGAAGAAGAUGGCUGAACUGGAGGGAAAACAGCAACAGCCAGACUACCGCUUUACCAAGCCUUCAAUGAAGAGCGAGGUGAAAGUGGCCAAGAGGAAGUCAGAGUUUGCUGGCCUGGGAAUCGAUUGGCCGUUCUUCUACGCGCGUGUCGAUGAGAAGACGUCGGAUAUCAUUGAGGUGGAGAAUGCGCCGAAAUUUAGUUUUCCGGAGCAUGCCGGAAAAGGCUAUGUUAGGAGAUGA